UCAGAACAAAAGGACGUGUGGGCGUGCGAUCUUAACGGUAGUCUCCGCCCACCGCUGCGACGAGGCAAGCGGCAUUGACGAGGCCGCGACGGGCCAUGGAAGUGGAAUCAGCCGCCGAGCUGCAGGAGCGGCGGCGGCCGCCGUGGCGCCGCACGGUGGCCGUUCAGGCCGCGCUCUGCCUCGCGCUCUACGCGGCCUUCAACCUCGGCGAGCCGCAGCUCCGGCCGCGGGGCGGGGGCGCGCUGGGCGUCGGCGGCGGCGGCCUCACCUUCCUCAGCGUCGCGGGCGGCGCGCGGACGCCCGCUGACCAGGCGCGCCUCCUGAGGCAGAUGGAAAGCACAACAAAGGUUUAUGAAGUCAAGUUAGUGCUGGAUGUUGCCCGAUUUGGCGAUGACCCACUUGGGCAAAAUGGUUCUCUGCACUUCCAAGCUCUGAAUAUCCCCUGGUAUUCCACUACAUCACAUGGGCAGAUUGUUAGUAAUUUCUUGAAGAAAGUGAAGAUGCCAUACGACCAAAUUCUGGAAAUUGUUGGUGUUGAUACAGGGCCUCUUGAGGAUCUUCUGCAUGAUGGCAAAAUGAGCAAUUCUAGCAGGGAACAAAUUACAUGGCUGGAGCAAACACUAGCGCUGACCAGCAAUAACUGGAAAAUAGUUGUUGGAUAUGAUCCAUUAGUUGAUUGCAAUGAGGUGCACACAACAAAAAUAACAAAGAUCUACGAGCCACUCCGGCAUAUUUUUGAAAAAUACGCAGUGAAUGCAUAUGUAAGCACUGGUGGUUCUUGUGGACACUUCCAUCAUGACAAUUCAAUGUCAUAUAUUCAAAACCCCAUCCCUGGAGAUCAAACGGAUUUAGAUGGUUUCUUCUUGCAUAGAGUCAGCCCUCUAGAGAUGGAAACCCUGUUGAUAAACUUAGACGGCGAGGUUGUUCAAAGAUCUGUAGUUCACCAGCAUGGAAGGGAAGCCAUGUAAAUGCCUUCUUUUCACUUUCUAGUCAACAAUGCAAACAUGCCGAUUCUGUUUUCACCAUUGAUCGCUCUGUAUUCAGUUGUUUGCUUACAUAUGCCGUGUUUGUCAGUAAAAGACUUCUGCCAUUUGUUGGUACUGCA